AUGCCUGGCUUUACGUGCUGCGUGCCGGGCUGCUACAACAACUCGCAUCGCGACAAGGCACUGCACUUCUACACGUUCCCCAAGGACGCUGAGCUGCGACGCCUAUGGCUCAAGAAUGUAUCCCGCGCCGGCGUCAGUGGGUGCUUCUCCACCUUCCAGCCCACCACGGGCCACCGUCUCUGCAGCGUUCACUUCCAGGGCGGCCGCAAGACCUAUACGGUACGCGUCCCCACCAUCUUCCCGCUGCGCGGCGUCAAUGAGCGCAAAGUAGCACGCAGACCCGCGGGGGCCGCAGCUGCCCGCCGCAGGCAGCAGCAACAACAGCAGCAGCAGCAGCAGCUACAACAACAACAGCAGCCGACGCCGCCGCAGCAGCAGCCACCGGCCUCCACUGCUCAGUUGCAGCCGAACCUGGUAUCUGCCUCGGCAGCCGUGCUUCUCACCCUUCAGGCCGCUGUUGACAGUCAGGCUCCAGGAUCCGUAGCCCCGGCCCCCACCGCUCCCACUGGAGAAGACGUGAAACCCAUCGACCUGACGGUGCAAGUGGAGUUCGCAGCUGCAGAGGGCGCCGCAGCCGCCGCGGCGUCGGAGCUGGAAGCUGCUACAGCGGGGCUGGAGGCAGCCGAAUGCCCCAUGGGUCCGCAGUUGGUCGUGGUAGGGGAAGAGGGCUUCCCAGACACCGGCUCCGACCACUCCUACUCGUUGUCUUCAGGCACCACGGAAGAGGAGCUCCUGCGCAAGCUGAACGAACAACGGGACAUCCUGGCGCUGAUGGAGGUGAAGAUGAAAGAGAUGAAGGGCAGCAUCCGCCACCUGCGUCUCACUGAGGCCAAGCUGCGUGAAGAACUCCGGGAGAAGGAUCGUCUGCUGGCCAUGGCUGUUAUUCGCAAAAAGCAUGGAAUGUGA